AUGAGCACAAUAUCAUCAGAGUAAGCCAGGUGAUAUAUAUAUGUCUUUGUAAUCAAAACUUGACACAUCCUUUCCCAUCUGUAAAGAUUUACUUCCCUUUUGAUCUCUUGAAUAGUAUAGCAUCAAAAACCAUAUCGAAAUGCUGUCCUUUACCUUAAAUAUAUAUAUGUGCCCUUGCUCUCUGUUAUCUCCCUUUCUGAUUGUAAAGUUAAUCCUCUUGUAAAUUUCACUGUACUAAUAAAACGGCCAAUUAGAGGGCCCGUCACCGCUAGGAAUAGUUGGAAAAGCUACACUUAUUCAUCCAGAAAGAACGUAUUUACCUCUGUAAGCAAAAUAUGUCAUCCGUCUGGAGUUAGUAGUAAGAUAAUUGUGGAGAUCAAAAGGGAUAAAGUCGAAGCGUCAAUCGGCUGGGUAUAUAAGUGAGGAGAGGGAGCAUUACUCAUGAAAUUCCGCGUACCUUUGUGAGGGGAUACUGUCGUCUAAAGACCCACAGUAUCCCUUCAUGCCCCGGUGGUCGACAAUAGUCGUAGUAUUGUUAGUUCUUUCCUUGUUCUUGUUGGAACUGUUCAGCAUAGACUGAGAUGUCUAUUCAUCAUCUCUGCGAGUAGUGUAAUAUAAUGUGAAACCUUUUUUUAACCCUAGUACUAUAAAACCCGUCUGUACCAAAUAAUUUCAAAAACCCUGAGAGUAAUACCAAACAAUACAGAAGCCCUGAAACCUUAGGCCAAAUUGAACCUCCAUGCAGCGAAACCCUAUACAGUAUUUCCCAUUUUUUUUUUAUUCAUUACGAUACGUUGUGCAGAGACUGUACAUAAAAUCGCUUUUUCAGGCGGAAAAGGAAAGGUUUUUAUCCAAAAUUAAUCUUUCCCUCCUCCUUUCGCGUGCUCAAGACCAUUUCAACGCGCAGAGAACACAUUUGUCAUCACGACUCAUGUGUAGGAUGUGCCUUAUGUAAGCGUACGAUUUUACCUCAAAGCCUAAAUUAUCUGCACUUUUCGUCCAUUCGCUCCCCCUCAUUUUCAGGCCUACGUCUAAAGGCCGCACUUUGUUUGUGAUGGUUACAAAAUUCGUACAUGGUGGAAAUAGAUUUGUGUAAUUAUAAUAUAACACUUUUUUAACGUAUAAUUUUCGAACGGUUGAAGACUAAAAGAUUACCGUACUCCACUUUUGGCUCUAUUAAAAACAGUGCACGUAAACGUUAACUCGGAAGUAAGAAACAGGCAACCUAUCACAAGGUGUUGUCUGUCAAUGAAAGUGUUCGAUCUGCGGAGAACACCGUUGCAAAGAAAUGCCAUGAAUUUUUUUGGUUAAAAGUUGCGAAAAAUUGAAAUGCUGUUUUCUGUUUUCCAUUUAAAACUUGCCGGUUAAAUUAGGCAGGUGUCCAAAGAAAUAAAUUUCUUUUCCAUGUUGAUGCGAGUAAGUAUUGCGUAAAAAAUACAUUUUUUGUUUGGCCGUCUCUACUCACUCGGUACGCUCUUUUGCAAAGAACAAUAAUGUACAUCCCGGCUGUCGCAGAAAGGUUUGAAUUAUUAGAUUCCAUGGACUGAUCUGUGGCUACCCAACGUUCGCAUUAAAAAAUCUUUAUUUAAGAAAACCAAAGUGCUCCAAAUUAAAGGCCUCCCUUGUAGGAACGCCCUAAGUUUGUUUUACUUAUAAUAACUCAAGGAGUAUUAAUUUAUUACCAGUAAAGAUUACACUGCAUAAUUUAAAAAACUGCUUUUUGAACUCUAUAAAUUACAGAAGCUCACAUUACCUGAGGUAAUUAAAGCGUCACUUUUUGUUAAACUUGAGAUUAUAAUUUUUUCUAAUAAAUCAAGGUACGCGGAGUUUUUUCAACCAAAAUUAGAUGUUCAUAUCCCGUAAUGUCGCAUGUUAAGAGUACCUUAACUUUCAUGGAAAUCAUAAAAUUCCAGCCGCGAAAUCUUCUUGCACAUAGUAGUUAUAAUAGCUUCAUGAUGAUAAUUACAACCUCGUUUAGUCUUCAGUUUUUUCGUAAAUGAUUAUAUACAAGGUGGCAUGUAUGAUACGUUAAGAGAUCCCAUUGGUACAUUUGUUUAUUUGGGGGUUGAUUAUGCGUCUUGGCUGCGAUUUUGUGAUAAUCAUAGUUCUUGGUUGCUCUGGCGAAUGAUGAAACAUUAGAUUUGACGUUGCCUGACGUUUUAGGAUUGAGUUUUUUAUCAUGUUUCUGAUUUUGAAGCCAUUUUAAUAAUUUUCGCAAAGUCUAAGAACUGUUGUUUAACUUUUACAAGUACCUGUUUUAUUGGUGGACACUAUCUGGCCGGGGGGCUUUGGGUAUCAAUUUCUAAAAGGCUUACAAUUUGUUGUGUAUUUGGCUAGCCGCAACAAUUACUAAACUAAAAAGUGUGUUAGACUUAAAAGAGCAUCUCCAUGUAUACAGAUCGCGCCAUCAUAGCUUGUGUUAGAGAAAAUAAAGAUCGAUGAUUAUAAAAUUUCAACUUUCAGGUUAUAAAAAUUAUACUUUUCGGGUCGUAAACACCAAUUUUUUCUUCUAUUGUACGGUGAAUUCCGAGAGCUAGAAAAUAUUGAAAUUUUGUAACCUUUCAGAAAAGUUGUGUUGAAAGAGGUCUGAUUUUGCCCGCUUUUUUACUUUUUUUACUUACCUAUUUGCACUUUAAGGGUAAAGAGUUGAAAUAUUCUAUAUACGACAGGUUGUUUAACAGAUCAUUAUGGCCACACACGCCAAAUUCCAAAUUCUUCCGACGCUCCAGAAUCGUUGCGUAGCAAUUGCAAUAUGGCACCCAAGUGUACUAUUCCUGUUGAUUGUAACCGCGUUAACUGUUACAAAAUUACUUUUUGAACAUAUGUAAAUCUGUUGUUUGUAUCUCUAUGCCAACUUUUUGUUAUUAAGCCGAUAUUUUUUUCAUUUUGAAAGUUGAAUUUAACAGAUACUUCUGCUCAAAGCCAAAUUGUGAACUUUCCACUUACUCAAAUUACCUGUUAAGCAGAGUUUGGCCUUUUCUCAUUGUGACAGAAGAUUCAAUGCUACCAGAAGUGCUGUAAUUCAUUCCAGCUAAAUAUUUCAUUAAUGCUUUCAUACAAAAUUGAAGACAUGAAGUUUACAUAUUGGAAAUGCUAUUCAACGAUUCUGGAGGGCCAGAGGCAUUUGACAUUUGGCAUGUCUGACCACAAUGAUCUAUUAAACAACCUGUCGUAUACAGAAUAUUUUUAUUACCCAUAAAGUGCAAAUAAGUAAAAAAUGAGCAAAAAACGGCCAAAAUCAGGCCUCGUCUACCUGAAUUUUAAUUAUUUUCGAACCUUAUUUUCUCGAUAUUAACACAAGCUAUGAUGACGCGAUUUUUAUACACAUCGAAUGUCACGUCCUUACAGUCUGACGUACACUUUUUAGUUUAGUAAUAUCUGUUGUGGCUAGCCGAAUACAAACUGAUUUGUAAGCACCACUUUUUACGUUUUCGUUUUUUCGGCGAUGAGUUUUUAGAGGCAUUUUUUAGAACCAAAGUUUAAUUUUAAUUAACACGAUUUUUCUAUGAGUCGAGAGCCUUGGCUACACGAAAAUUCAAACUGCUUCAAAUCUAGCGAAACUUUCAAAUCUGUGCCUAUGGACAGUUCUAAGAAACUUUCCCGUUAACUUUUUUUGAUUACUCACCGUAGUCCGGGUUACUGUAACUUGACCUCAAAAUUUAUAUCUCGAUAACCAGACGUCGUAGAAGGACGGGACCUUCACCAUUAUGUUCCUCAUGCAAAAUAACGUGUUUUUGGUUGUUACACCCGGAUAUGAAAAUUAUCGGAAGGGUUCCAAAAAUUUGAAUAUUCAUGCGCUGAACAAUAAAUCUUCAAUUUUCUCGAAAACUGGUUAUUAUUUUAGCGCUUUUUUAUUGCAUAUUCUGAAAGAAGAGCUUUUUCUGAAUCGAAUGCAUAUAAGGACUGCUCAUAAAGCCGGAGAAUUUGGGGGUAACCGGCCGCCGGAAGUUGGCGUACUCCGUUCGAGAUCUAACAAAACGGUCUAAAAUCGCAACAAAUUGGACAAUUUUUGAAUUUCUUUUUUUAUCCAGUUAACUCUAGAGCUUUUUUAGUCCUCAUAGACAAAAAGUCAUCAACAAAUUUAUGUUGAAAACCCCGUUUUAAAAAAAUUUGCAUAUUUUUGCGCAGUACUUAAAAUUUGUAAAUAUCUCAAAUACUUCCAAUGUUAUACCCAUUAUUAUCAUUGUACAAUACAUUAGGCAAUGUGAGAAUCCAACUUUAACUAUACGUGUCGCAAUCUGAACACCAUGUUUUGCGCAGGAAGGCGCUAUCUAUAUGAACACGUAGUGAAAACUGUUAUCUCUUGUUUUCUCGUCAAAUUAUGCUAAUUUUAGCACUUUUUUAUCACAUUUUCAAAAAGUACAGUGUAUCCUGAUUCGAAUGCGUUCAAGUAUGUUACAAGUCGAUGGAGAUUUGAGUGAAAACGGAGCUGCCAAAGUUCUUAUAACCUCAGUUUCUCAAUUGGCAGCAAAUCGCUUAUUGUUUUACGAAGUUUGCUAAACAGUGGCCUACAUAAGAGCCAAAAAGCUAGUGAGCCGUCCCCUAGGUUCCGCAGAGACAUUCAGGAAGACACAGAAGAUGUGGACGAGAGCCAAAUUCCUGUAGAAUGAGCCAAUUUUUCCGACUCACUUUGAGGAAAUUAUAGACGAAAUUUUAGAAAACGAUGGGACAAAAGAUGUCAUCGUCACUGAUAUAACCCUUGUGUAAUAAUCGCAAUAUUUUAACACUUGUUUAAGGGUUAUCCCAAAAGCGACUCUUUAAUUUCCUCAAACUUAUACUACAAGUCGACCAACUUCUGAAAGUUUUAGCUAGCCGUUGUAAGCGUUGUUAUUUUCGUAAAGUUCAUUCCAUAAGUCCAAAUGGUGUUUUAGAUUUUAUCCCACGUCUUUCCUUGACGAACGCCGCCUGAGAUUGCUAAUUUUAUCCCACAUUCCAUUUACAUUGAUAGCCUACAGCACUAAGAUAAUGGUAUUUUUGUAAAGUGGAUUCCAUAAGUGCAAAUUAUAGUGUUUUGCACCUUAUUCCAUGCCUUUUCCUGAUGAAUACUGCUUGAGGUCGCUAAUUUAAUCUCAAUUCCAUUUACAUUAAUAGCUUUCAGAAUGGAGCUUCAUUUCGGUCCCACCAAAGAAAACCCUUAUUGCUGGGAUUUCGCUGACAAUAAAACUGGCCUUCCGACUGAGCCAUACGAUGAACUUGGGAGGAUAUCUCGCUUCCUCCGGAUCAGCUAUUGUUUUGAGUCAACGGUCGGAGGAGCCCUGUCAUUCACAAUGCUGUACUUGGUGCUCUACAGAAGCACAGGUCAAUUGAAAGCCUACAGUAAAAUGCUGUUGCUUUGUACUCUUACUGAUCUGAGUUACUGGGCGACAGACAAUUUCAUUCAAGUCGUGAGUGGAACUUAGGAAAUUUGAGUAUUCAAAUUUGAAGACCUUUUGUAAGGUAUGCCGAUUUUAGAAGUCCAAGUUAACCGAUGGAGUUUUUCUGGUGAAAGUGGAAGGCCCGGCUAGCUAUUUGUCGUAUAACGGCCAAGUCGUGGCCAUGUCUGUAUACGUGGUCUGUCUUUCGCUGAUCCACAGUAUUCUCCCGGCGCAAUAUUAUUUCCGAUAUUGCACUGUCUUGAAGUAAGUACAUACUAUACUGUUAAUACAAACCGUUUCGUUUUUUUCAGAGGUCGCCCACUAAGCUCUAAGCAGACUCUAUUUGCCUACGCAAUAUCACUGGGAAUGGCAAUCCCAAUGGGAUUUAUCGCUUAUCCAGCCUACGGUAUUUCAGGAUUGGAAAGGCCGGGUUUUAAUUAUGGUACUUUGUACUACAGAGAGGUCCCAAUGCCUCAAGUUUUGAUUGCUGAUAUUGUAAGUUUUUAUAAUGCCGAUAGUUUAUAUGAAAACCUUUUGGCCUUAUUGUAAAAUAAACUUAUUUUUCAGCGGAGUGUCUACCAUAAAUGCUAUUUCCUCUACGCAAGCCUACUUGUCCCUGGAGGCUAUGUUGUGGCGAUGAUCUACGCUUACAAAACAGUCCUUCACCUGAAGGCAAAUAGCCAUUUAUAUUCCGAGAAGACCAGAGCCAUGCAAGCACAGCUUUCCAGAGCCCUUCUUUUCCAGGUAAUCGAAUAUUCAAAGUUAAAUUAAUGUACAGGGUGCGGCUCGGCCGGAUUUUAAUUGGCCAUAACUUUUUUAGUUUUUGGGCAAAUGUUAAAAUUCUUUUUUCCUGAAUCUAUAGACAACCCCAUUUUGUUUAAUACCAAAUAUGUUAUACCCGUUUAUUAUAUUACAGUAAAAACUCAAAGCAAAGAAAAAGCUCUAAUUUUCAUAAUGGAAUUACCCCUAGUACGACUCUCAGAUUUUCUUUAAAUUUUGCACAUGGGCCGGAGAUAGGCCACACAUCAAUUCCUGAAAGUUUCAGCCCGCACCUUUCAGGGGCGACGAAGAUAUUCAACGAUUCUUUGCGGUCAGGAGGGCACAUGAGUGGUCACACAGAAAAACUGUUUGGCUAUAUCCUCGCUAGUUUUGUGCGGAGAUGAUUUUUUGUGGAAACGGUAUUCUCCAUGGCAUGGACAGGCAUGAAACUUUUUACGACAAAAUUCGUAAAAAAGUCAUUUUUUCUGGCGAUUUUCACACACGCCGAAAAAGCAGAGAACACGACCGAAAGGCCAAUAACUAUGAUCUCCGUCUCUGUAUAUAUAACAUAUUUGGUAUUAAACAAAAUGGGGUUGUCUGAGGAUUCAGGGGAAAAAAGAAUUUUAACAAUCGGAUAAGAACUAAAAAAGUUAUAGCCAAUUCAAACCCGGCCGAAAAAUUGCCGCACCCUGUACUUCAAAAAGCAGCUGCUGCUACAAGUCGCAGAACAGAUUCCAGAAGUUAAGGUGCUGGAAAUGAGUUAUAAUUUUAAUCAUAAGAAAGUAAAACUAAAUCAAUUUCAGUCUGUGAUUCCGCUGUUCGUCUCGGUCCUUCCAAUCACCAGCAUCUGCAUUCCAUCCUUCUUCUAUGUUGAUACGGGAAUCUCAGCGUUGGUCUUCAUGCAUAUCGCCAGCUGGGUACCCAUCUUCAACCCACUGCUUACCAUUGCCGCCAUUGUUCCCUAUCGAAGAGCUGUGCUUGGAUUUAUUCUUAACACCAAGAUACAUUCGUCAUCAAUGGUCGACACAUCAAAGCAACAGGAAGAAGACAGAACAAUAAAUAUCAUUUGA